CAUGAAGUACUUCAAAAUAAAUGAAGAUUGAAGAAGAAAAAUAAAAAACUUUUAAAAUGUAAUUUGUGGAAAUUUUAAUUCGUUCGAUUGUUUUGCAGUUAUUAUCAGUGAUGGAUUAUGAGUUUUAGGCAGAACUCUACUGCUGUUAUAAAGAAUUUUGGCUAAAAGAUAAAAUAUGGCGUUAAACAGCGGACCUUCUUCGUCACACAAUGUGACACCACCUUUACCAUUUUUAUCAAUGUCAAAUGGAGAAGAUUUGGGGUCGAAUAACUUAUUUCCAUCCUUGUCACACGUGAACAAUGAUGUUAGUAAUACAAUGGAUACUUUGCCUGUUAUUGCUUCUAGCGAGGAGCAAAAUUCAUCGCCAGUUCACAUGAACCAAACAAAGCAAGAUGAGAUGUAUCCUAAGCCUAAGGCUGUUGUUGAGCCACCAAAGAGAAUGCCUGGACAUCAUCAUUCACACACAAGAGAAUUAAAUCUCAUAAAAUAUAAGAAGAAGUAUCAACGUUUAAAGAAACUUGUCAAAAGACUGAUAUUUGAGAAUGCUGCAAUUGCAGAUGAGAUAGUGCAAACAGAUGCUAAGUUUCAACGUGCAAAAGUGGAACGAAAGUUCUUACUGAAACAGUUGUUGGAGUAUCAUUCAAUGCCCCGUGAACCACUUCCACCUCCAAUGCAAACCUUUAUCCCACCACCUCCUCCUGAGAUCCUAGUCCACCCUUCACCCGAAAUCCAAUUACCUCCAACUAUUCAACAGUCGGCAAAACCAAAAGCAAUAAAAGUCCGCAUCAAAAAAGUCGCCCCACCAGCGAAAUCCAAGAAAGAAACUGAAGUCACUGUUGCUGCUACAAAAGGGACCAUACAUGUGGAAGAAACAAAAUCUAAUGAAGCAAGUACUUCGCCCCAGGACGCCAAGGGCGACCCUCCAGUUAAACCAAAGCGGAAGAAACCAGGAACUGCAAUAAAAAGAAAAGUUCAGCCAAUACCAGUGGACGCAAAGGGUAAACCUGUGUUUCCAAUUGUUCUUGGCGGAUUAACAGUUCAUAGUUUGGGUGAUAUUGUUUGGGAUCGACCUGGUUUUCAUUCGGAGCGAUACAUCUGGCCAGUCGGUUUCUGUAGCUCACGGUAUUACCCAAGUAUGAAAACACCAGACAUGAAGUGUAUCUACACGUGUAAAAUUUUAGAUGGUGGUUAUGGACCUACGUUUGUCAUGUCUCCUGAAGAUGACUCUGAAAACUCAAUCGAGGCUUCGUCUGCUACAGCUUGCCACUGUGUUGUAUUAAAGGCAAUAAAUAAAGCAAGAGGAAAAGAAGCUACUAACACAGGCUCCGGUCCAGAAUUCUUUGGAUUCUCCCAUCCUACGAUCCAGUAUCUUUUACAGAGUUUGCCCAAUGCUCGUAAAUGUGCCAAGUACCAAUGGGUGAAGUUUGAGCUGCCAAAAGGCAAAACAUCAGGAAAAUUAGGGUCCAACUCCGCACCAAAUGACGAUGGCGUAACUAGCAGCGAUCAGCAGGAACGCACGCAGACAAAUUUCGAUUCCGAAGAAAUGUUCAAAGAAUCUUCAAUGGACGAGUCUUCUCCAAAUACGAUGCGCAACUUAACGUUGACAAGUGCAGCGUCGAAUAUUUCCGAAGUGCCUUCGCCUGGAUUUGACAGUGACAUGCUUGGAUUCCAACUCAAGUCGACAAGCGGCGAUCCAAGUCUAGAUCUAGGAACACCAAUAUCACCUCCGCAAAGUAGCCUUUCAUCCCCACUACAGCUGUCACCAAAAAUGAACGCAAGCACAAUGUCUCCAUCAGCCAGUUCUCAACCAUCUUUCAUCAUUCCACCGAGUUCUCCGUUAUUUCAUUUCGACGACGACGGAUUACCUGAUUGACGAAUAUCCUGCUGCAUGAGGGGGAUGAAUUCAUACAACCAACGAAGUUAGGAAAUAACAAUCUAGACUGAGGGAGUGGAAACUCUUAAUUCUUUCCCUACCGUGUCAUUGUCAUGCAUUCUAUAUACGAGUCUAUCUGCUGUAACUGUUUUGUAUAGAAGCUAAUGAUUGAAAAUAGUUUUCAAUUCUUACAAUCAACUUUCGCUUAUCAUGCGAUGCCAUUAGAUAGUUUAAGCGAUUAAGCAUAUAAGUUUUUUGGAAUAUCAGAAAACUUGUAAGUUGUUGACGUUAGCGAAAAAUGUGGGAUUAUUUUUCACACUUUUCCACCAAAAUGUGUGGAAAGCAUGUCAGUGGUAGUUUACAACAGAUUUUGCUGUAAACUAUCAGUUUAAUUUCACAGCAGAAAAAAAUACGAUAUUGCUUAAGUCUCGAGCUCUCUCUCUGCUUAAUAAAACAGAUGUCCCAUAAACUAUCGACAUCGGCAAUAAAGGUUACAAUAACACAUAGCAGAGAAUAGUGUCAAUGGAUAACCCAGCACCUUUGCUAUGCCGUAUAGUUGCAUGAUUCAGGCCGAAUGCAUUGCUUUUGAAAAUAUGUAUCUCAAUAUCCCAGACAUGAAUUACUUCCCUCAUCCAAUGAGGAAGCGUUAAUGAGAGGAUUCGAAAGUAGCGUUGUUGUUUUUUUCCUC